AUGGCGGACAAGCCCACCGAGACGCACGAUGGCGCCGCGCCCGUCGCGGCCGGCGAGCCUGCUCCCGCCCCGGAGCCCACCAAGACGGGCGAGCCUGAAUUGAGCGCCAAGGACGACGAGUCGAAGCCCGAGCCAGAGGGUGACAAGGCUGAUGACGAAGCAAAGAAGCCCGACGACGCGCAGAAGCCUGCCGACGACGCGCCCGAAAAGCCCCAGCCCGAGCAGGACAAGCCCGCCGCCGACGCGGACGUUGAGAUGAAAGACGCCGCUGCGGGCGCAGCCCCCGAGGCAGAUGCCGAAGCGCCCGCUGCAGAGGCCGCUGCCGAAACACCCGCGUCCAAGCCCAAGGGUGGCAAUCGCCGCAAGUCCACGGCCGGCGAGUCCAAGGGCAAGGCCCUCAACAAGAAGGGAUCCAAGGCGCGCCUCACCCAUACAGACGCCAAGCCCGGUGACCAUUUCUUGGUGAAGCUCAAGGGCUUCCCCGCGUGGCCCGCCGUCAUCUGCGAUGAGACCAUGCUGCCUGCCGCGCUCCUCAACUCGCGUCCCGUCUCGGCCGCCCGCCCCGACGGCACCUAUACCGAGGCUUACGCCGACGGCGGCAAGCGAGUUCACGACAGGAGCUUCCCCGUCAUGUACCUAUACACAAACGAGUUUGGCUGGGUCCUAAACACGUCCCUCUCCGAGCUCACCCCGGACAAGGCCAAAGACGCCAUCACCGACAAGAUGCGCAAGGACCUGCGAUCCGCCAUGGAGCUGGCUGCCGAGGACCAUCCUAUUGACUACUACAAGAACAUUCUCACCAGCUUUCAGGAGGAGCAGAUUGCUCAGGAACAGGCCAGAAAAGAGGCCGCCGCGACGCCCAAGAAGUCCAAAAAGGGCAAGGGAAAGGGCAAGGCCGCCUCCGAGGACGAGGACGCCGAGAUGGAGGACGCCGACGCCCCUCCCAAGUCGGCCAAGUCCAAGAAGCGAAAGGCCGAGGAUGAUACCAGCACCCCGCAGCGAAGCGACUCCGUGAAGAAGCCCAAGAUCAAGCUCAAUACCACAUCGACACCCAAGGCAGCGAACGGUGCCGCCACGCCCAAGUCGGCCGGGGCGUCGGCAAGCAAGGCGGCCAAGCCCAAGGCCAAGAAGGCCAAGGAAGGGACCGACAAGAAAGAGACGCCCAAGGAGGCAAAGAUGACACCGGAAGAGCGUCACGCGCGCAAGGAGAAGGAGGUGCUGUACCUGCGCCACAAGCUCCAGAGGGGUCUCUUGACCCGGGAGCAGCAGCCCCGCGAGGAUGAGAUGAAGUCCAUGUCCGACUUCAUCACGAUGCUUGAGAACUUUGUGGACUUGGAGGUGUCCAUCAUCCGCGCCACCAAGAUCAACAAGGUGCUCAAGGCCAUUCUCAAGCUUGACUCCAUCCCCAAGGAGGAAGAAUAUCAGUUCAAGAAGCGAUCGCAGACGCUCCUGGAUAAGUGGAACAAGCUGCUCGCCGGCGAUGGGUCGGCCCCUGCCCCAACCAACGGCGUCAACGGCGCCGCGCAGGAGAAGAAGUCGGAGGCAAACGGCGUCAAGGACGAGUCUGCCGAGGCGAAGAAGGCCGAGCCCGGGCAGGACAAGGCCGCCGAGUCCAAGAAGUCCGAGGAGCCGGUCGUCAACGAUGCUGCUGCUGAUAAGCCCGCCGCGGAGACGGCUACGGAGGAAAAGGAAGACAAGGACGAGAAAUCUGCUGUCGAGACGGCCCCUGCUUCGGAACCCGUCGCCGCCGAGAACUAG